AAUGGAGGAAAAGGAAAGCCAGAAACUUGAGCUGUGCCUGGCUUGCUCAACAGACAGCAGACAGAUGAAGGACCAGGCAAAAACCAGUUUGCAUGUAACAUCACUAGACGAUGCAGAAUGUCUCCGAUCUAAAGAGCUCCUUUCGACCCUGAACAGUCACACUUCUUCUAAUCCAAAGUCCACCCGCAACAUCCCUCGAAGACAUACAGUAGGUGGCCCUCGCAGUUCCAAAGAAAUACUGGGAAUGCAAACCUCAGAAAUGGACAGGAAGAGAGAGGCUUUUCUUGAGCAUCUGAAACAGAAAUAUCCCCACCAUGCUACAGCAAUAAUGGGACACCAGGAGAGACUGAGAGAUCAGACAAGAAGCCCAAAGCCGUCCCAGAGCCCGCAGCCCAAUUUGGGUGACCAGACAGAACACCUCUCUGAAGCGUCUGCCGAUUCCUUAGAGGCCAUGUCCGAGGGCGAUUCUCCAACCCCCUUUUCGAGGGGCAGCCGCACGCGGGCAAGUCUUCCCGUGGUGCGGUCGGCAAACCAAACGAAGGAAAGAUCACUGGGUGUUUUAUAUCUUCAGUAUGGAGAUGAAACAAAGCAGUUGAGGAUGCCGAAUGAAAUCACAAGCACAGACACAAUUCGUGCCCUUUUUGUAAGUGCCUUCCCCCAGCAGCUGACGAUGAAAAUGCUGGAAUCGCCCAGUGUGGCCAUUUACAUCAAGGAUGAGAGCAGAAACAUAUACUAUGAAUUGUGUGAUGUGAGGAAUAUUCAAGACCGAUCUUUCCUUAAAGUUUACAACAAAGAUCCUGCACACGCAUUUAAUCACACUUCCAGAGCUGUAAAUGGAGAUAUAAGGAUGCAGAGGGAAAUCGCUUAUACAGGCCGAGAUGGCCCAAGUGCUUCCCGCCCCGGAUCUGCCACGCACCCUCCGCACGCAAUGCCCAGCUCUCCGCCCUCUACCCCGGUGCCCCACUCCAUGCCUCCCUCUCCGUCCAGGAUUCCCUACGGCGGGGGCCGGCCCAUGGGUGUGCCAGGCAACGCCACCAUCCCCAGGGACCGGCUCUCCAGCGUGCCAGCCUCGCGCUCGAUAUCGCCCAGCCCAAGCGCCAUUUUGGAGAGACGGGACGUGAAGCCAGAUGAGGACAUGAGUAACAAAAACCUUGCCCUGAUCCGAAAUGAAGGUCUGUACGGUGACCCCUACUUGUUUCAUGAGGGGAGGAUGAGUGUGGCUGCACCCCACUCCGGACACCCCCUCGAUGUCCCUGAUCACAUUGUAGCCUACCAUCGCAGUGCCAUGAGGUCAUCAAGCGCUUACUGCAACCCCUCUAUGCAGCCUGAAAUGCUGGAGCAGUCCUUGUACAGACAAAAGUCACGAAAGUACCCGGAGAGCCAUUUGCCCACUCUCGGCUCUAAAACGCCUCCUGCCUCACCCCACAGGGUUGCUGACAUGAGAAUGAUUGAUAUUCAUCCUCACCAUAGCGCUCACAUUCCCCCCCACACCAUCCAGCCUGACAGGUCUUCCCCCAGCCGCCAGUCCUUCAAAAAAGAGCCGGGACCGCCUGUGUUUGUGGACGCGAAAGCACGGAGUGCCCUCGGCCUCCCGGGCAUGGCCGAGGUGGUGCCCUCUCCAGUUGACAAGCAGGCUUUUGGCUAUGGGUCACCUGCGAUGCCCAAGGACAAGGAGACAAGAGAGAGGAUACAAGCCAUGGAGAAACAGAUUGCCAGUUUAACUGGUCUUGUUCAGUCUGCGCUUUUUAAAGGGCCAAAUACAAGUAAUAGCAAAGAUGCUUCUAGUGAGAAGAUGAUGUUGAAAAUUGUGUCCAGCAAGAGCAGCAUUGACACUGCAGGCACUGCUAACAUAUCUGGGGGGAAGAACGCGUUGGCAACUGUGGACUCAGCUGUCAUCCAUCACCCUGCUGGAGCCCCAUCAAUGCAAGUCAGCCUGCAUGGUAUGAAACGCAACGUGUCGGAUCUGCGGCUGCAGCUGCAUCAGAUGAAGCAGCUACAGCUGCAGAACCAGGAGAUGCUGAGGGCAAUGGUGAAGAAAGCGGAACUGGAAAUCAAUGGCAAAAUGAUUGAAACAGUGAAGAGGCUUGAAGAUCCUGUGCAGCGACAGCGCAACCUGGUGGAACAAGAAAGGCAGAAAUACCUCAACGAGGAAGAAAAGAUUGUAAAGAAGUUAUGUGAGCUGGAGGCUUUUGUUGAAGACCUGAAGAGGGACUCCACUGCUUCCAGCAAGACAGUUACACUGAAAGAUGUUGAAGAUGGAGCCUUUCUUUUGCGUCAAGUGGGAGAAGCUGUUGCCACCCUGAAAGGAGAGUUCCCGACGUUGCAGAAUAAAAUGCGUGCGAUCCUCCGGAUUGAGGUAGAAGCUGUGAGGUUCCUAAAGGAAGAACCACACAAGCUAGACAGCUUGCUGAAACGUGUGCGCAGCAUGACCGAUAUCCUUACCAUGCUCAGGAGACAUGUUACAGAAGGACUGCUGAGGGGUGUGGAUCCAUCCCAAGCUGUACAAUACUCUGCGAUGGAAAAGGCCACUGCAGCUGAUGCUCUGAAAAACCAGGAGGAGCUCAAGCAUUCCCAGGGACAUGCACAGCAAAAUCCCACAGCAGUCACAUCAGAGUCCCAGGUGUCAUCAGUCAAGUCAGAAGUCAUCCCCUUCUCAACAAUGACGGUCCAUCACGUGCAGAGCUCGCCUGUUGUCAUCCAUCAGUCUCAGCACUCAUCAGCCCUGGUCAGCCAUGCCCAGGGUUCACCCACUGCAGCCAGCCACAGCGAAGGUGUGCCGGUGGGCGGCCACCUCUCAGCCACCCCUCCAGCCCCCCUGCAAGAGCCCGCAACAGGAUCCCAGCCCACACAAGCCACGCCAGCAUCACAGGUCUCUGUCAAUGGCACCACCAUGCAAAGUCUUUUCAUUGAGGAAAUUCACAGUGCAAGUACCAGAAACCGAGCUGUAUCAAUUGAGAAAGCUGAAAAGAAAUGGGAAGAGAAAAGACAAAACCUCGAUCACUAUAAUGGAAAGGAAUUUGAAAAGCUCUUGGAAGAGGCCCAGGCCAAUAUAAUGAAGUCAAUUCCUAACCUGGAGAUGCCUCCCCAGCCAGCAGCCCUGCCUAAAGGGGAUGCAGUGGAAAAGCUAGAAGUCUCAGAAGAAGUUCCUGAUGGAGAACAGGAUAACGACAAGCUGACCAAGUCUCCACCUCCUCCACCUCCACGGCGCAGUUACCUGCCAGGGUCAGGACUAACCACAACGAGAUCAGGAGAUGUCAUCUAUGCAGCCAGAAAAGAGGCUGCUGCUGUCAAGGAAUGCAGUGAAGAUGCUGGGCAAAUAGCACAAUCCAAAGCCCCUAAAGAGGAUCAGGCAUUGUCUCGGAGCACAGGGCAUGCUGUAGCAUCAGCUGCAAAAGAUGAAGAGGAAGAGGAAGGAGAUAAAAUAAUGGCAGAAUUACAGGCUUUCCAGAAGUGCUCUUUUAUGGAUGUAAACUCAAACAGUCAUGCUGAACAGUCCAGAAAUGAUACACAUGUUAAAGACAUAAGGCCUGGGACUUUAAUGCAUCACAAGGAAAAGAAGGGCUCCAGCGCUGCCUCCCAGACAAGCCGGAUGCCGGUCCCCAUGGCUUCAAAAACUAGACAAGGAAGCACGGAGAAAGCAGGCAAACAGCACAAGCUGCAGGAUCCACGCCAAUACAGACAGGCUAAUGGAAGUGCUAAGAAAGCUGGUGGGGACUAUAAGGCUACUUCCCCUACCCUACCUGCUUCUAAGAUCCCAGCCUUUUCUCCCACUUCUGGGAAAAGCAGCUCAGCACCUGCUUCUAGCGGUGACAGCUCUAACCCUCUUAAUCCACCUACUAAAACCUCCAUUCCUUCCUCUAACCUUCUCAGUCCUCAGACAGGUCGCAUAACUUACUCUACCUCCCUCAUCCCCUCUGUCUCUAACGGCUCCUCCAAGUUUCAGAGCCCCACUUACCCAGGGAAAGGUCACCAUCUCUCCUUCUCACUACAGACUCAAAAUGGCCGGCCACCCCCUCCUUCCUCCUCUACCUCCCCCCCCUCCUCUACCUCUCCCACUUCACUGAACCAAGGUAUGAAGAGCAUCAGGACAAUCCACACACCUAGCUUCACCAGCUACAAGGCACAGAAUGGAAAUGCCGGCAAGUCCACCCCAGCCACGGCCAAGGAGCCAUCCUAAAGGCUAAGCACAGCACGCGUGCAAGUUCACCAAGGCUUUUUGUUCAUUUUCAAAGAAUCUGCAGCCAAUAUUUUAACCAGGGAAUGUAACCAUUUUGCUGUAUUGCUGGAGGCUUAAUACUAAUCACGUGCUAAAUACUGAAUUACUACACUAGAUUAGAGUGAAGCUUUUUUGUAAAACUCUGUUGCUGUUGUAAUGAUAAAAGAGCGUUUUCUUCCUAUAGGCAGCACCUCUUACAAAAAAGUGCGCAGGUGUGUGAGUGAACUUGACUGCGUGUGCACAGCGGUGUACUGAGCAUGGGAAAAUGUAUGGUUAAAAAUUUAGUAAGUUGUUUUGUAUAAAGCUAUUUUUCAUUAUGGGGACUAGAAGUGAACAGAGAUAUACUAAAGUGUGAUUAUACACAACUGUAAAA